AUGAACAUGGUGGGCCGCAUAGGGUCCGGCGCCGCGUCCGCCUCGGAGGCGAUUUUUGGUCGCACGCCCUCUGCCUCCUCCUUGUCCAACCAGGCCGGGGGGCCUCCCUCCGGCUCGAGCGCCGCGGCGGCUGCGGGCGGCGUGGCGGCACCGCUCGACCGCCGCAGCCCGAGCCCAGGGCCACCAGGCAGCGCGGGCGCGGGGGCGCGGCUGUCGCUGGCGUGGGUGCAGGAGCAGUUUGCGCGGGGCGUCGCGGUCACCGGCAGCGCACGAGGCGGCACCCAGCCCGCAGCGGGCGCCCGAGCCGCGUUACCGUCGCCGUUGCCCCCGCCCGCGCAGCAGCAGCAGCAGCAGCAGCAGCAGCAGCCGGCGUCGCCCUUUGGCUCGGAGGCGUGGCCACUGGGGCUCCCCGAGCGGCUGCUGCUCAAGCGCUCCCUGCGCUUGCAGGCCGAGCCCCUCUCAGCCGUCGCCCUAACCGCCAGCCCGGGCAGCCUCGGCGCGCACGCCGGCGGCGGCGCGCCCGCGGACGGCCCCGGCGCCGCCGGCGGCCUGGCGUGCUGCGUAGGGCACGGGGGGCUGCUGCGCGUGCUGGGGGCGCCCGCGCUGGGGACACUGCGAUCUGCAAAGCUGCAGGAGGAUCUCCUGUCCCUCUGCCUUCUGCCUGCGGCGGCUGCCGAGAAGCCGCACCUGGCGUCCGCAGCCGGACCUGUCGGGGCGCCCCUGCUGACUCAGCACCAUGUGCAUGACGUCAUCAUGCUCGCCGGCUCGUCCAACCGCCGGGUGCUCGCCUUCUCUCCGCCGGCCGGGCGGCUGCUGGGAAGCUGGGCGGCGCACGAGGACGCGGUCUCGUGCGUGGCGCGGCUCGGCCGCGGCGGCGGCGGCGGCGACACGGCCAGCGGCGCAGGUGUGCGGCUGGUGACCGCGUCUUGGGACUGCAGCGUCAAGGUGUGGGAUGUAGCUGAGGGGCGUCAGCCGUGGGACAGCAGCCUGCCCCUAGCCGCCGCGGAGCUGCGGGAUUUCGAGUCUGGGGUGUGGGCGGUCGCGGGCAGCGGCAGCGGGCAGCUGGUGGUCGCGGGUACGGAGGAGGGUGCGGUGUCGGCCUGGGACCUGCGGAGCCGGCGGCAGGCGUGGAGCACCAAGGUCUGUGGGGACUACGUAGGCGGCCUCUGCCUGCUGCCCGGCGGCGCCUAUGUGGCCGCGGUCUCUGCCGACGGCGCCGUCCGCCUGCUGGAGUGGCGCCGCGGCGGCGACGUCGCGGUCACCGCGCGCUGCGCCGCGCCGCUGCGCUGUUGCGCGUGCGACGGGCGCCUCCUGGUCGCGGGCGGCGAGGCGGGGCAGCUGCACAUGUGGGACGUUGCGGCGAUGACGGGGCAGACGCGGGCGGCGGGCGCGGCGGCGUUUGCGACGCCAGGGCCGGACGGGUUCUACCCGCCGCUUGCAUGCGAGUCAAAGGCGGCGGUCAACAGCAUUGCCGUCUGCGCGGCCGGCGGUGCCGCAGGCGCCGCGUGCCUGGUGGCAGCCGCGCAGGAGGACGGGACGCUCGCGCUUUUUGCGGCGUGA